AUGGUGGUGAAGUGGAGAGUAGAUGUGCAAAGUUUCGAUGCAUUUUAGGAUUUAUCUAGUGAAUAAUCGCUGAGGAUUUCCCACCCGUAAAUCUCUGUUAUCGUCAAUUCCGUCCUAAGGGGUACCUCAGAAAGAAGAGCCAAUGUUUUGGGUCUUCAGAAAAAAAAAUAAGAGAAGAAAUUCUUCUUACGUAUCGUUCGUAGAAAUAAGAGACAUCCGAGAUGAUGUGUGAGGCUGGAAUGGGGUCGGUAUGGAAGAGGUUCCAGCGAAUCAACAAAAAGGCUGCGAAAUUCCAGUUUACAGCCUCUUACCACGAGCUCGCCCUCACUGCCACUGCAAAAUGGCAACCCACACAAUUAAGCGUCGUUUGGCUGCGUCGGACGAGGCGCGUCGCCCAGGACGCUCCCACCUGGGAACCCUCCAUGAGGAACCCUCUGGAGGGCCUCUGCGUUUGGGCCGUCCCCGCCAACACCACCAUCACCGUCACGCUUUUCAGAGACAACCGAACUAACGAAUUUGAAGAUAAGGACUGGACUUUCGUCAUUGAAGACGUAUCGUCGACAGGGAAGCGACGCCAGGUAGCGACGGCGCAGAUCAACAUGAAGCAGUACGCGGGGUUCAGCACGCAACAUGACGUCAAGAUCAAGCUCAGACCCUUGAGUAAAAAAGUUGUCUCGGCGUCUCUAGACUUCACUCUCUCCUGCCUCUUUUUAAGAGAGGGAAAGGCCACAGACGAAGACAUGCAGAGUAUGGCCUCGUUGAUGUCCAUGAACGCUCCCAAUGACAUCGCUCCUCUGGAAGACUUCGACGACGAUGAUGAGACCGAAGGUCGUAGCUUCAGCGAACCGUCCAGCCGGGUGUCCACCCUGAGUCGCCGAAAGGGUCGCUCCACCCUCACUUCGCCAGGCUCUCCAGGUGACGCCAUGGUCAGGUCAGCCGAGUUCAGUCAGCUGGCCGCUCAGAUCAGCUCGCUCACUCACUCGUUCCAUCAGGACGAUUCUUUGGGAUUCUCUCUCAGCGACUCCCUGCUGGAUCCCGAGUUCUCCUUGGGCUUGGAGUGCUCCCCGGGGCGGGAAUACUCCCUGGGCCGGGGGUUCUCCCUCGAGGGAGACUAUCCCCUGGACCCGUUUCAUUUCGAGCGCGCCCACCACCACCAACAGCUGCAGCCCACCUCUGCCCUCUCACCGCCCCACUCACCUUACACGCCCACGCCCACCGCUACUCCACUCCAAGAGUCCCCCAUGAAUGCUUUCGACGAGACUGAGGAAGACGCCGCCACUCUGGAAGGCGGCGAGGAACAAGCUCAGGCCAUCAGCACCGAAGGUGGGUCCGCCUUGUCCGGAGACACAUCCGCCCAACAGCAUUCGUCGGCCACUUCACCUCCUCCUGAGGGUUCCUCUGCUGCUGCCGCGGCUGGGGAAACAGUAGUAGUAGCAGCAGCAGCUGGUGCCUCCUCUUCGUCUGCGUCCGCGUCUUCGGCUCCGUCAGCUCCCUCGCAGCAGCAGCCCCCACAAGCUUCCAGUGCUCAGGCGACUCCCAAGCCUGAGAUCUCUUCCGUCCACGAGGGUCCUCUAGCUUCAGUAGUUAGCCAGGGUCGUGGUUCUGGCAACACAAACAAUACAGGUCACCACGGCCGGCUGAGAGUGUCAUGGACCGCGGCUCAUAUAGCAUUAUACCGAGACCACCGAAAGAUAGAUCUGUUUUCCGUGGCCAUGAUUAUAUGCUUUGUGAUGCUUGAUAUUCCCUUGGCAAAAAUAAACAAGGAGGAGGAGGAGGAGGAGGAGGAGGAGGAGGAGGAGGAGGAGGAGGAGGAGGAGGAGGAGGAGGAGGAGGAGGAGGAGGAGGAAAUAUUUCGUCUUUUGUUAGAAGAAGGAAAAUUAUAA